GGGAGUCAGACACCUCGGUAGCUUGAUAGACAAAAUAGACGAACCAAUAAAGCUCUUUAGACGCUUUAGUGUAUAUUAGCCACUGUGUUUUAAACACAACACACUUCUGUCGUCUAGUUAGUUAUCAGAUUUAAUUUAAUAUUUGCGGUGUUGUUGUUAUUAGUCAGCUAGCUGACUGGUUUAGUUCACUAGCCUAGAUAGCUAACUGUUAGAUAACAUCUCUAACCAUGAGUUCACUAAGCUACUCUCCUCCUGAUGAAGAAGAUGAGGUCUGCUGGACGGAGAAAGAGGGUCUGUGGCUGAAUGUUGUCGUAAAAGAGGAGAAGGAAGAGGACCAUGUCACUAUACAAAAACAAGUAGAUGCGGAGGCCACGGGAUCUGUAAAUCUGGACAGUUGCUGCUCUGAUGAAAUUGAGAGUGACACAGAAGGAAUGGAUGAGGACUCUGUGAGUGACCACAGUUAUGAUUCCAGCGCGGAAGCGAUGUUUUUGGAAGGAAAAGAUCCACUUUUAGAUCAUGGUAGAGACUCUGACUCGGAUGACCUCUGGGUGCCACUCCAAAGAGACCACAGACCUCCAUCCCCUACUCAUUCAAACGUAGGAACUGGUUCCUCCAGUAUGACCCCUGCUGUCUCUGGCUCCACACCCACCCCGGCCCGGCCAUCUAGAGGUGUGAAGAAGUCAGCCCAGAAGCGGAGGAGGGCCAGUGAACCAGCAGCGACAACUACCACCGAGGCAGAGGAACAUUGGCACACUGUGCUAGAAGAUGACGUGGAGCCACAUUCACCAACAUUCAGACCGAAAAGGCAGCCAGGGCCUCAGCUGGACAUGACUGCAGAGUACAUCCCCCGUCAUCUUUUCCAGAUGUUUUUCUCCUUGUCAGUUCUUGAUUCGCUGGUUUCUAACACCAACAAGUAUGGGGCUAAGAAACAAGCAGGCAAGAAAGAGGCCUGGAAGCCCAUUUCCAUCCAAGAUCUGUACCGUUACAUCUCACUGGUAAUUUACAUGGGGUUGGUGAAGAUGAAAACCCUGAAGGACUACUGGAAAACGUCACCUCUCUACCAACUGCCUUUCCCCACCGCUGUCAUGUCUUCUAACAGGUUUCUGACUAUCUCGCGGGCGCUUCAUAUCAGCGACCCACACGUUGAUGAGGUCAAUGACAAGAAGAGAGGCACAGCAAGCUUUGAUAGGCUCUGCAAAAUCAAACCUCUCUACUCCAGCAUCGUUGAGGCCUGCAAGACCCAUUUUCAGCCCAGCCAGAACCUGUCCAUAGAUGAGAGGAUGGUGGCCUCGAAGGCUAGAAAUGGCUUCAAACAACAUAUGCCAAACAAGCAAACAAAACUGUUUGUUUUGGCCGAUUCUGUGUGUGCCUACACUUGGAAUGUGUUUGUUUAUGAGGGCGAAAGCAGUUUGGCGACCGGUAAGGGACUCCGUUCUGAUUCCGUUAUGGAGUUGUUGGAUGUUCCACUGCUUGGGACUGGCUUCAAACUGUUUGUGGACAACUUUUACACAAGCCCUGCCCUGUUCACAGACCUGAGGAAGCUGGACGUGUGGGCUUGUGGCACCAUUUGUCCCAACAGUAGAGGUUUUCCCAAAACCAAGGUGAACGACAUGCCUAAGAGGGCUGAGCGGGGGACCAUGCGAUGGAUUCGGAAACAUGACCUGCUCUUUGUAAAGUGGAUGGACGCCAGAGAGGUGGUCAUGUGCUCCAGUAUCCACAAAUCGUUCAGCGGCGAUCACGUCAACAGGCGUGUGAAGGACGCUAAUGAUGCAUGGACCACUAAAGAUGUCCCCAUUCCAGCUGCUGUGAAGGACUACAACAAGAACACGGGAGGAGGUGUGGACCUGUCAGACGCUCUGAUAGGCUACAACAAUGUUCUCCACAAGACAAUGAAAUGGUACAGGACAUUGUUCUAUCAUUUCAUCGACAUUGCCGUGGUGAAUGCAUUCAUCCUUCAUGAGGAAAUGGCUAAGAGCUGUGGACAGACCUCCAUGACACCUCUAGCCUUCAGAGAGCAGCUCAUCCGGGAGCUUGCUGACUAUGGCACAAAGGCCACUGCAGCACCUUCUGUCCGCUCUACUCCUGUCCCCUCUACUCCUGUCCCCUCUACUCCUGUCCCCUCUACUCCUGUCACCAGUGGUGUUCACCUGCCAACAUACAUCACUGCAGACCUGAAUGUGCCUCAGGGCCAAAAGAGCAAAGCAGUCAGGCGCCGUUGUGUUCUGUGCCACAGGAAAUCUCCCAUCGCCUGCACUAUUUGUGCUGUUACCCUCUGCUUCACAGCAGAAAGAGACUGCUAUGGGACUUGGCAUCAGCAGCACAAUCCUGUGUAGAUGACUGUGGGUUUAAAAAUAAAUCUAAUUGUUUGUUUUUUUCCUUCUCACUUUGUGGUGCGUUUAUGACAUUGGGUCAGUGUUGGCUGCUAACUUGGCCCUUAUCUUAAAUAGUUCUUCUGUGUUGGGAGACGUUGGAUCAGUGUUCUCGUCUCAUGUUAGUACCUUUUACGUAGAGAAGCUAAUGAUCCAUCAUGUAUGACAUUCCUGGGUGUGUGUCAA